CAUCAUCUGUUCUACUUCCGGAUUGCAUUUCGCAUUUGUUCAUGCGUGUGAUUUCGCCAUCGCCUUAGCCAGUGUUACGGUGUUAAGCGGAGGAUACUGUUAACGGAUAAUUAUCCAUCAUGAAAACUGUUAUCAUCUUAUUUGCCGUAUGUUUGGGCGUUGUGGUGUCCCAGUUUAUGCCCCAGCCCAUGCCCAUGGGAAUGCCGAUGGGCAUGAACGGAAUGGGUCCGCAGCAGGACUAUCAGGGUGGUCCUCCCGGCUUCAACCCAAUGGGAUUCAACCCGUACAUGGGACCUAACAUGCCGGCUGCCCGCAAUAUGAACGUGAACCAGCAACGCCAGGACAACAAUCGCCAGGGCGCUGAGAACGACAGCACCGCCGACAAGGACAAGGAUAAGAAGGACAACAAGGAAAAGCCCAAGGAGCAGCCGCGCAGUAACACCAAUGACAUGCUGGACAAUAUGGGACUCCACGGCAUUCAGGACUUCUACGCCGCCCUGACCGGCGAACUGGCCCGUAAUCCAUCCGGCUACCAGUACAACGCCAAUGCUGGUGCACCCCGGGAAUCCCUUAACUACCGUCGACGGAAGUAGAUGAUUAUAGCAGAAAUACCUUCUUUGAUCUCAGUAGUUUUUGUCUGUUUGCUUUUUAAUGCCACCGAGUGAGAUACAUGUGAAAUGUGAAAUCCAGUGCCAGAUCAACCAUCGUUAAGUUACAUUUUACCAUAUUAUGCGGGUGUGGUUAACAUUGUCCGGUUAAGUUUUCAAGUUAGAACAUGUUGCUGUUUACGUCUUGUUGUGAAUCUUUGCUCAAAGUUCAAUUCUAAUGUAUAUAAACAUCACUGACUUUGAUUCUAUAUGGUAAGAGCUUCGAUGCAAUUAUUAUCAAGGAUUGCGUUUUGAGGUU